AUGCCCUUAAUCGACGAUCAGAGACCCUUCCAGGUUGCCCUAUUACCAGGUGACGGGCAAGGGCCUUAUCUAGCUUCUUAUGUGGAGCGCACUCUUGACUUGAUCCAACGAGUCCGUCGAAACGUCUCCUUCAAGGUCUCCAGGCAUGACUUUGGGGGUGUAGCCCUAGCUGCAGGUGCCGGAACUGCCCUCCCCUCAACAACACUUGGCGCUUGCCGACAGUCUGAUGCUGUCCUUGUCUGUGGCUGUGGAGAUCCACGUUAUGGAAUUGAGCCAGAGCGAGGCUUGUUAACCCUGCGACAAGAACUCGAAGGCUGUGUCAACAUUAGACCAGUCAGAUUCCCUUCAUCGCAGUUAGUACAGCAAAGCUCCUACAAGCCCGAAGUAGUCGAGCAGCUGGAUAUCACAUUCUUCCGAGAUCUCACCAGCGGUGUCUAUUAUGGACGUCGGAAAGAGGCUGGAGAUGAUGGAGAAGCAUACGACACUACCCCAUACUCUCGACAAACAAUUGAACGAAUUGCACGGUUAGCAGGUACUUAUGCCAUGCAGUUCAGCCCACCCAAGCCGGUUCACUCUAUUGAUAAGCAUAAUGUCAUGGCGACAUCACGGUUAUGGCGAUCCGUCGUGGCCCAUGUCUUCGAAAACGAAUUCCCCCAAGUCCCAUUACGCCAUGUCUUGGUGGAUACAGCGUCCAUGAUACUCUCUUCCGAUCCGCUCAGCUUGAACGGCAUCAUUCUCACCGAGAACAUGUUUGGAGAUAUUCUAUCUGACCAAGCCGGUGGAAUUUUGGGAUCUCCGGAUGUCCUAGCGUCUGCUGCCGUAUCUGCUAUCCGACGAGGCGGCUCCCGCGGAACGCCUGGAAUCUUUGAACCCUUCAACCUCAACCCCGGGGGGAAAACAGUGGGCCCUCUCGGUAGCAUACAGGCAGUGGGUCUGAUGCUGGAACUAUCCCUAGGCCUGGCUGCCGAGAGUGAGGCCCUGUCCAAGGCAAUUCGUCGGACCUUGGACCCCAUUGAACUGGUCGGAUCGGAUACCAGAACAGUGGACCUUGGCGGC